AGCCACCAUGCACCGGGGGGCGGAGCUGCAGCGGGGGGCGGAGCUGCAGCAGGGGAAGGAGCUACAGAGAGAGGAGCUACAGAGAGAGGGGGGAGAAGAGGGUGGUGACGGGGGAGACGUGAGGGAAGAGGCUAAGAACGGAGAGAAGACUGGGCUGGUGUGUGACAUCUGUGGCAGGAGGAUGCGUUCGGCAGCCAUAUUGGAGGUUCACAGAGCGGCGCAUUCUGGAGAGAAGCCGUUUCAGUGUAAUGUCUGUGGCAAAGGCUUCCUCCGAGCACAGACCCUCAAACAACACCAGUUACAUUUCCACCUCCGGCCUCAGUCCUCUGGGGCGUGUGCUCUGGCCCCCGCUCGGCCCUGCUCCUUCCCCUGCUCCGUGUGUGGUCGAUCCUUCAGGUUUCCCUCACUGCUCUCCGCUCACAUGACGGUGCAUUCAGACGAGCGUCCUUUCACCUGUGACCUCUGCCCCCGCUCCUUCCGCCGCGUCAGCCAUCUUAAACGCCACGUGGAGGGGGUGCAUCCUGAUGGACGCCCCAGACCCACACACAUCUGCCCAAUCUGUGGCACUGAUCAGAAGUUCAGGUCCAAACUAGAGCGCCAUCUACUGGUGCACUCAGGGGAGCGGCCGUACAGCUGUGACAGGUGCAGUCAGAGCUUUGGUCGCCUCGGUAACCUGCAGCAGCACAAGAGGCGUAUGCACGGCGACCACAUUCAGAGGCUUCGCCAUAGAUAUGGGUGGGACCAGGAUGAUGACACGCCUCGCAUUGUUUUCAGUGACGAAGAAAACGAGCCCGAAAAUCACCAAAAUCAUCGAGCAGAGGGGUUUAAUGGAGACAAGUCCACGUUUAAGCAAGAGAUGAACAUGGAGGAAGAGGGGAGAAGAGGCGAGGGGGCGGAGCAUGCAGAGGAGGGGGCGGGGCUUGUGGAGGAGCAAAGUUCAGCUGUGCACCCAAACAGUAUUUUGGUCGCAGGAGAGCGGAGGGACAUGGUUGUGCUUGAGAAGGUGGUGUUUGGAGAGGUCAGUACAGGUGGGGAGGAGACAGCUGAGGAGACAGGUAUACAAGCGGGUGAGACAGGUGAGGUGAUGAUAUUAGGAGAGGAUGACUUUGGAGAUGCGGGGAGGGAUGUCAUAGAUACUCAGAGCGUGGAGAUAGCGGCAGAAAUGACUGUGAUGGAAGCGACAGGUGAGAUUUUAGAGGGAGUGGUCCAGGCAGGUGCGACAGGUGAGGUGGUGAUAUUGGAGCACGAUUACGUCAGCACAGAGGAGGUGGAGCUGUCUGGAGCAGUGCACGUUCUAGAGGAGCACACUGAGCUCACACAGGUGGAAGUGAGGACCUCUGACUGAACACAAGAUUCAAACCACAUAA